AGGCCGUCAUGGCGGAAACUCUGGAGGAUUUGAUUGAUAAAGCCACGGAUCCUUCUAAAACUAAGGACGGCGUGGACUACUCGACACCAGUAUGCGACAGAAUAAAUGUGGACCUAGAUGGACCAACAAUUGGGAUCCGUUACAUGGCGACAAAGGUCAAAAGCGCGAGGGAAGACGAGGCUCUUUUAGGACUGGACUUAAUUGAAACCUGUGUCAAAAACUGUGGUCAGAGAUUCCACAGUGAAGUUGGAAAAUAUAGAUUCUUGAAUGAACUCAUUAAAUUGAUAUCUUCAAAGUACGAUGGUGACUGGACAGCUGAACCAGUGAAGAAACGCAUUAUUCAGUGUAUGUAUAGCUGGAGUGUAGGUUUACCAAAGGAGACCAAAAUUGCAGAGGCUUACAAGAUGCUAAAAACACAAGGAAUUGUUACCACAGACCCACAAGAUCCUUAUGCUCAAACUGCUGCUGAAAAUCCUCCUGACAAACCAAAAGAUACAAUAUUCCAGGAUGAAGAAAAAUCAAAGCUGCUGGCUCGUCUUCUGAAGAGUACUCAUCCCGAAGAUUUACAAGCUGCCAACAGACUGAUCAAGACCAUGGUUAGACAGGAUGAAAUGAAGAUGGAGAGACUGGUGAAAAGAAAUACAGAAAUGGAAACUUGCUGUAAUAAUAUCAAGCUUCUGACAGAGAUGUUGAAUCAUUAUGGUCCUUCUUCUCCAGCCCAGGAUAAAGAACUCAUGAAGGAACUGUAUGACUCCUGUGAUAAAAUGAGACCACAAUUGUUUAGACUGGCCAGUUCAGCCACAGAAGAUGGCGAUGAAGGAUUAGCUGAAAUCCUCAGAGUGAAUGAUGACUUAUCAAGAGUAUUAGAGUAUUAUAAAAGGAUAUUUGGAUUGGCUCCAGCAGCAACCACUACACCAAGUAGUCCUGGGCCAAUUUCUACAACCCAGACAACAAAUUCUGAAGUCAGUUCUCCUACUGGUGCUUCCACUCUUAUUGAUCUGGGCUCUGGAGGCCAACAGGGAACGUCAAUGGAAACUCCAGCAUCCAGUGUUUUGGAAAAUGAACUUAAAGCCUUAGGUCAGUCCUAUUUGGUUGAUUUUGAUAUCUAUUAAUUCAUGAACCCUCUACACCUAAACAUCAGUAUUAUGAAACAAGCCCCUCAGCAGCCUGGUGUUGCGGGACCGUGGGGUGCACCAGCCCAGAACUAUGGUAUUCUGCCACCACCUUCCACUACAGUAGGUGUGGUUAGACCCAUGGGUCAGUCUCAGGUGGCUGGCAUGAUGCCCCCCAUUUAUAUGGGUGCAGGGCAGAUGAACCGAAUGCCAUUCCAAGCCAUGUCUCCUGGCACAAUGUCCAUGGGGCCAAGGCCAGGACCACUGAGUAUGGGUGUCAGUAGCUUUACCAUGCCAACUGCUGGUUCAUUACCUCGUGGGAAUCUCCCUGCAGCAGGAGGUAGGAAGGCAGAAGAGCAGGCAAGGGCGCCAAGUGCGUUGGACUUACUUGGUCAAGAGUUACUACAGACCCAGAAGCAGCAGCAGAAGCAGAAACAAACUGUCGCUCCUCUGCAAGAGAAACCUGCACCUGAGCAGCAGCAGGCAGCAGCCCCUACAGCUGACAGUCUGUUGUCGUUAGGAAUAGAGCCAAGCCCUUCAACCCUCCCUGUCAGUGUUGGUUCAUCUUCAUCUGCCGCUUUUCCUUCAGUACCUUCUCCACCAAAGCCAACCCCUCCGCCCUCUCUAGACAAUGUCUUUGUUCCUUUAGAUACUAUUACACCAGGAAGCCAUCCACCACUAACAGUUCUUGAUAAAAACAGCAUCAAAUUAAUUUUUCACUUUGCUAAGACGAGCGCAGAGUUGGCCAGGAAAGACUUACUGGUUGUUGUGAUUUCCACUAUGAGCUCACUAUCAUCUGCAGUUAAAAAUUUCGUUUUCCAGGCAGCAGUACCAAAGACAAUGAAGGUGAAGCUCCAACCUCCAUCUGGCAGCGAGUUGCCAGCAUAUAAUCCUAUCCUUCCUCCGUCAGCCAUUACACAAGUUAUGUUGAUUGCCAAUCCAGCAAAGGAAAAGAUCAGAUUAAAGUACAAAGUAAGUUAUCAAGUUGAUGGCACUCCCAUGACGGAAACUGGCGAGGUGGACAGCUUCCCUAUUGAUGUUCAAGGAUAAAUCGAAUGAUGAUUUCAAGCCUCUGCUUGCGAUGAGUAUUGAUAAUAGGACGGGAUGGCGUCCAGUUCUGUCUGUAAUUAUUAGAGUAACUUGCGGGAGUCCGAUUUUUCCAAAACGAGUAUGAUUACAGACAGAAUUGGACUACAAGUAGUCCUGUUACCAAUGAAUCAAAACUAUGACAAAAUUUGAGAAACAUACCAGCUAUCGGUGACACGUUUUAUUCAGAAAAACAGCAGUUAGCUCUGCGAAAUGAACGGCAACAGCGCUCGCGUGCAUGAAGGGUACUGUCCAAUUAAACAGGCAUGACGCGUACACUGUUCAAGCACUCCGUGCGCUGCCCAAUUUGUGUUCAAAUCAGGCGGAUGGCAGCCAAUCACGUUCGAGAAUUUUGUUGCAGUUUUGAUCUAGACAGUAGUUAAAUUCAAUGAGGAAGACUUGUUCGUGACUGUUAAAAAUUUAAACCCAAGCUUCUAAAGUAAAAUUAUAUCACAAACGGUA